GACCAUGAGCUUCUCAAGCUGUAGCUCCUGAUCCUCUCUCUCUGAAUAAAGAUAGAGCUUUACCCAGACUGCACAUUUCUUCCUCUGUUCCAGAUCUAGCACAGUAGCGCCUCGACAUACGAACAAACCUGUUCAUGUACAAAUCGGUUUACGAACAGGAUUGUACGAAAAUUUUGCUUCAAUGUACAUACGAAAUUCAAGGUACGAACAGAAAAGCUCUCGGGCCCCGCGUGAUCUCAUUCAGUUCAUCUUUGGCGUGUGCGCUGUGAACAGCCGCCCAACCAUCCUUACGCUAUCUGAACAAUGGGAAAAGGACUCAGCAUUUAUAUAUUGAUGAAUUUAUAUAUUGAUGAACUGAAACCUGCAACCCAUUCUAAAAGAUGAAGGAUUCAGCAGCGAUCCAGAGUAUUUGAAAAUCUGAAGACUGAAGUUUCAAAAUCAACGGAUAAAGGGCUUAUGCCCGCAACAUUGACUCUCCUGCUCCUCGGAUGCUGCCUGACCUGCUGUGCUUUUCCAGUGCCAAAUGUUUCGACUGACUGUCCAGCGUCAGCAGUCCUCACUUUGAUGUCAGUGUCUGACAGUCACUCAAUCCAUCGGGACAGCAGCUGUUUUUGACUGUGAUUUCUGUGAGAGGGAUCAACGCUUUUUGGUUCCUGUUUGAGGACAUUUUCAGCAUCAGUGGGACUGGACGAGAGACCCCACUGUUGGAGCGCACUGUGUGUGGAGCCUGAAACAGUUAUACGGCCUGGCAAGGGGAUUUCACGGCAGGGAGGGGUUCUACACGUGUUUGUGUGCAGCUGAAGCUGUGGCCAUGGAGAAAUCUGAGGAAUCCUGCCGCGUGGAGAAACCGUGGAAGUGUGGGGACUGUGGGAAAGGCUUCCGUUUCCUGUCUACCCUGGAGAUUCAUCGGCGCAGUCACACCGGGGAGAGGCCAUUCCCCUGCACUGACUGCGGGGAGGCCUUCAGGUAUUCCUCCCACCUGCUGGCCCACCAGCGGGGCCACAUGGGGGACAGGCCCUUCAGUUGCCCUGAGUGCGGGAAGGCCUUCAGCAAUUCCUCCGCCCUGCUGACCCACCAGCAUGUCCACACGGGGGAGAGGCCAUUCACCUGCUCUCAGUGCGGGAAGGGCUUCACCUGUUCCUCCAACCUCCUGACCCACCAGCGGGUCCACACUGGGGAGAGGCCCUUCAGCUGCCCAGAGUGCGGAAAGGCCUUUACCCAGGCCUCCAUCCUGCUGAGGCACCAGCUUGUCCACACGGGGGAAAGACCCUUCAGCUGCCCUGAGUGUAGGAAGGCCUUCAGCGAUUCCACCACCCUGCGGAGUCACCGUCACGUCCACACCGGGGAGAGGCCGUUCACCUGCUCUCAGUGUGGGAAGGGCUUCAUCUGCUCCUCCAACCUGCGGAGACAGCAGCGUGUCCACACGGGGGAGAGACCGUACACCUGCCCUCAGUGCGGGAAGGGCCUCACCUGCUCCUCCAACCUGCGGAGACACCAGCGGAUCCACACGGGGGAGAGACCGCACACCUGCUCUCAGUGCGGGAAGGCCUUUACCCAGGUCUCCACCCUGCUGAGGCACCAGCGUGUCCACACCAGGGAGAGGCCCUUCAGCUGCCCCGGAAGUGGGAAGGCCUUCAGCACUUCCUCCGACCUGCUGACCCACCGGCGGAUCCACACCGGGGAGAGGCCGUACAUCUGCUCUCAGUGCGGGAAGGGCUUCACCUGCUCCUCCCACCUGCGGAAGCAUCAGCGAGUUCACGUGCCAUCGCAGGGGGAUUGAAGGAGUGACGGCCGAGUGCCAUUAUCGAUUGGAAUAUCAACCCAGUUCCGGGGACUCCCGGGUUUGAAUCCCGCCACGACAGAUGGCAGAAUUGGUAUACGGUCAGAAAUGUGGAGUUUGGAAUCUAACAAUGAGAUCAUUUCAGGGAGGGGAUGGUAGGGGGAGAAAGCCCCCAUCUGAUUCCCUCUCUCCCUUGUUGGGGAAGGGAACUGCUAUUGUGGGAGAGGAUUCACUCAGUUGUUCCAGCUGCAUCCUUUACCCGGUCUGGCCUACACGUGACUCCAGACCCACAGCAGUCUGGUUGACUCUACACUGCCCUCCCCCCACUGGCAAAGGAGCGGGGAGAAACUUACUUGGAGACAGGGUAUGGGUUGAAAUUGCUGAGUGAGGCAAUACUUCCUCCGGGUUACGGCUGUACCAAGGAUCCAAUUACAAAGGGACAACUUGGUGCUG